UUAGGUGGUAAACCUCUGGGGCUUUUCCGUCAUUCAAACUACCGUGCAUAAAAAAGAGUAAAAACUUCCGUUCCAUUUCAGAUCACCGCCGAUUAGCAUGGUACCACCACCACCACGACCGCCGCGCUACUGAAAAAAUAGAAUUCCACCGCCACUUCCACCACAAUCACCACGACGGACAUCAUCACCGAUCCGGAUCCACCCGCUCCUCACUUUGAUUCUCCGGGAAUGGCUUCUGCGGGAGCCGAUUCCCGCCUAUCUAAAGUCCUACUCCCAUCGCUCGAAAAAAUCAUCAAAAACGCCUCAUGGAGAAAGCACUCCAAACUCUCCACGGAGUGCAAAUCCGUUGUCGAACGCCUCACCACUCCCAAUCAACCCCCAUUCUCUUCCGCCGAAUCCAAAUCCGAGUCGCCACGGUCUCCACACCCCGGAGUUCUCCUCGACCUCUCAUUAUCCGAUUCCGAGCUCAUUCUCAGCCCGCUGAUCAAUGCGCUCGCGUCCGAUCACCUCAAGCUCGUGGAACCCGCGCUCGAUGCGGUGCAGAAAUUGAUCGCUCACGGCUACCUACACGGGGAGGCAGACACGAGUGGCGGCGACGAUGCGAAAUUGCUUUCGAAAUUGAUCGUCUCUGCGUGUAAAUGUCAUGAUACAGGGGAUGAGACGGUGGAAUUGCUGGUGAUCAAGGCGCUUCUGUCUGCUGUUACGUCGGUCGCGCUACGGAUCCACGGCGACUGUUUGUUGCAGGUGGUGAGGACCUGUUAUGACGUUUAUUUAGGCAGUAAGAAUGUGGUGAAUCAGACGACUGCGAAGGCGUCUUUGGUUCAGAUGCUAGUUAUUGUGUUUAGGAGAAUGGAGGCUGAUUCGUCGACUGUGCCGGUGAAUCCGAUUGUGGUGGCGGAGCUCACGCAGCCAAUGGAGAAAGCUGAUGCUGAUGGUUCGAUGACUGUGUUUGUACAGGGAUUUAUUACUAAGAUAAUGCAGGAUAUUGAUGGUGUUUUUAGUCCGAGUACACCGAAGAGCAUUAUAGGAUCGGGGGCUGGGGUGCAUGAUGGGGCAUUUGAGACUAAGACCUCGACCGUGGAAGGCACUAAUCCUACAGAUUUAUUGGAUUCAACGGAUAAGGAUAUGCUAGAUGCCAAGUACUGGGAGAUCAGUAUGUAUAAGACGGCGUUGGAGGGAAGGAAAGGGGAAUUGGCAGAUGGUGAAGGGGAUGACCAUUUGGAGGUCCAAAUUGGUAAUAAGUUGAGGCGGGAUGCUUUUCUGGUAUUCCGAGCUUUGUGUAAGCUCUCUAUGAAGACUCCACCAAAAGAUGUGCUGGCGGACCCUCGGGCAAUGAAGGGGAAGAUUCUGGCUCUGGAGUUGCUCAAGAUUUUGUUGGAGAAUGCUGGGGCAAUAUUUAGGACAAAUGAACGAUUUUUAGAUGCUAUAAAGCAGUAUUUAUGCUUGUCGCUUUUGAAGAACACCGCCUCGACCCUUAUGAUCAUUUUCCAGCUCUCAUGCUCGAUAUUUGUAAGUUUGGUCUCAAGAUUUCGAGCUGGACUGAAGGCCGAAAUUGGAGUAUUUUUUCCUAUGAUUAUCCUGAGAGUAUUAGAAAAUGUUGCACAACCUAAUUUUCACCAAAAGGUAACAGUGCUUCGGUGUCUUGAGAAGCUCUGUGGUGAUUCACAGAUCAUGAUCGACAUAUUCCUUAACUAUGACUGUGAUGUUAACGCUUCAAAUAUUUUUGAGAGGACAGUCAAUGGACUACUUAAAACUGCGCAAGGUGUUCCACCUGGUGUUGUAACUACACUCCAGCCUCCACAAGAUGUUUCCUUGAAGCUAGAAGCUAUGAGAUGCUUGGUUGGUAUUUUGAAGUGCAUGGGUGACUGGAUGAACAAACAAUUGCGGAUUCCCGACACUCACAUUCCGAAUAAACUUGAAGCGGUGGAUAACAGUUCUGAUCCUGGAAGUUCUCCUCUGACAAAUGCCAAUGCAGAUGAAUCAUCUGAAGCAUCAGAUAGCCACUCUGAAGCAAGUGAGGUUUCUGAUGUCUCAACAAUCGAGCAGCGUCGUGCAUAUAAACUUGAACUUCAGGAGGGCAUCUCUCUAUUUAAUCGUAGUCCCAAGAAAGGAAUUAAUUUCCUAAUAAAUGCUAAGAAGGUGGGGGACUCUCCAGAAGAGAUAGCAGAAUUCCUUAAGAAUGCAUCUGGCUUGAAUAAAAGUCUGAUUGGUGACUAUUUGGGUGAAAGAGAAGAUUUAUCACUGAAAGUGAUGCAUGCAUAUGUUGAUUCCUUUGAUUUUCAAGAUGUGGAGUUUGAUGAGGCAAUAAGACUCUUCCUACAAGGCUUUAGACUUCCAGGUGAAGCACAGAAGAUUGAUCGUAUUAUGGAAAAGUUUGCUGAACGGUACUGCAAAUGUAAUCCAAAAGCCUUUAUAAGUGCCGACACAGCUUAUGUGCUUGCCUACUCUGUCAUAAUGCUAAACACUGAUGCACAUAACCCCAUGGUUAAGGUCAAGAUGUCUGCUGAGGAUUUCAUAAGGAACAAUCGUGGAAUUGAUGAUGGGAAAGAUUUACCUGAGGAGCAAUUGAGAUCAUUGUUUGAGCGCAUAUCAAGGAAUGAGAUCAAAAUGAAAGAAGAUAAACUGUCCAUCCAACAGCCACAAUCUGUGAACUCAAACAGACUGUUAGGGUUAGAUGCCAUACUGAAUGUUGUAAUCCGCAAUCGAGGUGGUGACAGCAUGGGGACUGGUGAUAACCUUAUUAAAAACAUGCAGGAGCAAUUCAAAGAAAAGGCUAGCAAAUCAGAGUCAGUUUAUUAUCCUGCAACAGAUGUUGUGAUUCUCAGAUUUAUGAUAGAGGCAUGUUGGGCUCCUAUGCUGGCUGCCUUCAGUGUUCCUCUUGACCAAAGUGAUGAUGAAGUUGUAAUAGCUCUAUGCUUGGAAGGCUUUCGCAGUGCAAUCCAUGUUACCGCAGCAAUGUCUAUGAAAACUCAAAGAGAUGCUUUUGUGACAUCGCUAGCCAAAUUUACCUCCCUCCAUUCACCAGCAGAUAUUAGACAAAAAAAUAUUGAUGCAAUCAAGGCAAUAGUAACAAUAGCAGAUGAGGAUGGGAAUCACCUACAGGAGGCGUGGGAGCAUAUCUUAACAUGCGUUUCAAGGUUUGAACACUUGCAUCUGUUGGGUAAAGGUGGUCCCCCUGAUGCUACUUUUUUUGCAAUUCCUGAGAAUGAACUGGACAAAUCCAAACCAGCCAAAUCAAAUACUCUUCCUGUUCUGCGAAAGAAAGGACCUGGGAAAAUUCAGAAUGCAGCCUCACCUGUGAGGAGGGGAUCAUAUGAUAGUGCUGGUAUUGCUGGUAAUGUGGCUGCUGGAAUUACAUUUGAACAGAUUAACAACUUGGUCUCUAACUUGAACAUCAUAGAACAAGUUGGUGAUGUGAACCGCAUAUUCAUACGGAGCCAAAAGCUAAACAGUGAGGCUAUAAUUGAUUUUGUCAAGGCUCUUUGCAAGGUAUCUAUGGAUGAAUUGCGAUCCACAUCUGAUCCACGUGUUUUCAGCAUCACAAAGAUAGUUGAGAUCGCGCACCAUAACAUGAACCGCAUCAGGCUUGUCUGGUCCAAGAUUUGGCAUGUGCUCUCUGAAUUUUUUGUAACCAUUGGCUGUUCAGAAAACCUUUCAAUUGCAAUAUUUGCAAUGGACUCAUUGCGCCAAUUAUCAAUGAAAUUCUUGGAGAGGGAGGAGUUGGCAAACUAUAAUUUUCAGAAUGAGUUUAUGAAGCCUUUUGUAAUUGUGAUGCGCAAGAGUAAUGCUGUCGAAAUCAGAGAAUUGAUUAUCAGAUGUGUUUCUCAGAUGGUGUUGUCCCGUGUAACCAAUGUGAAAUCAGGAUGGAAGAGCAUGUUCAUGGUCUUUACAACAGCAGCUUAUGAUGAUCAUAAAAACAUUGUACUCCUUGCCUUUGAAAUAACUGAGAAGAUUUUGCGCGACUAUUUUUCUUAUAUCACUGAAACUGAGACCACUACUUUCACAGAUUGCGUAAAUUGCCUUAUUGCAUUUACCAAUAGUAGAUUCAAUGAAGACAUUAGUCUAAAUGCCAUUGGCUUCCUCCGUUUCUGUGCUGCAAAACUUGCUGAAGGAGACCUAGGCAAGGAAAUUUCAGGAAAGGUUGCUCCAACUUCACCGAAGAUCGACAAUGAGGAAGCUGCUAAUAAGGUGGAUCAUCUUUAUUUAUGGUUUCCUUUGCUGGCAGGCCUAUCUGAGCUCAGCUUUGAUCCGAGGCCUGAAAUCAGGAAAAGUUCUCUACAAAUACUCUUUGAUACUCUACGCAACUAUGGCAAACAUUUUUCAUUGGCAUUAUGGGAAAAGGUGUUUGAAUCUGUGUUAUUUAGGAUCUUCGACGAUGCUCGGCGUGCUAUUGAUCCAUCCCUUGCUAGAUCCCCAAGUAACAUGACUGAUGGCAAUGCGGAGGAACUUGAUCAAAAUUCAUGGCUGUAUGAGACAUGCACGUUGGCUCUUCAACUGGUUGUUGAUCUUUUUGUUAAAUUUUAUGAUACUGUCAGCCCCCUACUGAAGAAAGUAUUGUCGUUAUUAGUUAGUUUUAUCAAACGUCCUCAUCAAAGCCUUGCUGGAAUUGGUAUUGGUGCUUUUGUUCGUUUAAUGAGUAAUGCUGGAGAACUGUUUUCUGAAGAGAAGUGGCUUGAGGUGGUUUUGUCUCUCGAAGAAGUCGCCAGGGAAACACUCCCUGACUUUUCUAUUGUGCUCAACGAAGAUGAUAAAAUCAGGGACCGUGAAGAAGAUACAAAGGAUGAUAGCCAUGAUGAAUCUACUGGGACAAUUGAUUAUGCGGGUAAUUCGAGCAGGCAUCAUUUAUAUGCAGCUAUAUCGGAUGUGAAGUGCCGAGCAGCCAUUCAGCUAUUAUUAAUACAGGCAAUUUCGGAGAUUUAUACAAUGUAUAGAGCUCAACUAUCAGUUAAAAACACUGUUAUCCUCUUUGACGCCAUUCAUUCUGUCGCCCUUCAUGCUCACAAGACAAACAGUGACGCCUCUCUACGGCGAAAGCUGCAAGAACUUGGGUCCGUGACGCAACUGCAGGACCCUCCUCUACUCCGCCUCGAGAAUGAAUCCUAUCAAAUUUGCCUCACAUUUCUGCAGAAUCUUGUUCUUGACAAGCCUCCCAGUUAUGAAGAGUCAGAAGUCUCAUCUCAUCUCAUGAACCUCUGCAAGGAGGUCUUGCAAUUCUACAUCGAAGUCGCAUGCUCAGUCCAGACGCCUGAUUCAUUGCUCGACAGGAAGCCCUUGCGGAUGAUACCCUUGAGUUCCAGCAGGCGCAAAGAACUGGCUGCACGAGCACCUCUUAUCGUCGCAACUCUGCAGGCCAUGAGUAGCAUAGAGUAUUAUUCGUUGGAGAAGAACUUGGCUUCCUUCUUCCCCCUGCUCGCGAGCUUAAUAAGCUGUGAGCAUGGAUCCAACGAGGUUCAACUGGCACUUAGUGAAAUGCUUAGCUCAACAGUGGGUCCAGUUUUGCUACGUUCAUCCUGAUCUACAUGUCUCUAGAGAUGUAAGAUUAUUUUCUCAAGAAUUUUCCAUAAUAUUGGACAGUAAUAGUUUAGGAAAUAUAAAAAUUGCACUAUAAUGUAUUUAGAGAUGAACAAGUGCAGCAGCAAUUAAUUGACCACGGAUAGUGUCCAGUUACAGGAGCCCCAGAGAUAGGUGUACGUUUCUAUUGUUUCGGCUAUGAAAUAAUUUGUCCUUUCAGUUGCA